AUGGGACACAGUUUGGUGUCACAAUCACAGGUUAGCUUUAAAUGUCACUCAUACCAAUUCAGACCCUUUUUAACGUUGCCUCCUCAUUCUGUCCAUCACUCUUUCCUAUCCUCGUCCACCAUCUUUUUUUCCCGACCAUCAGGUCACCUUUCAGCCCAGCGUGUGGCGCUGCAGGUUCAGAGCAGUGGAAAAUGUGCAGGUCCAUCUGUCGCUACCUUCAUCGAGGAGUUGGUUGUGCGCAGGGAGCUGACGGACAACUUCUGCUUCUACAACGAAAAAUACGACAGCGUAGAGGGUACGCAUGACUGGGCUCAGAAGAGUUUAAAGGCUCAUGCCAAAGACAAGAGGGAGUAUCUCUACACACGGGAGCAGCUGGAGAAAGCAAAGACACAUGACAAACUCUGGAAUGCAUCUCAGUACCAGAUGAUCACUGAGGGGAAGAUGCAUGGCUUCCUGAGGAUGUACUGGGCCAAAAAGAUUCUGCGGUGGACGGCUUCACCAGAGGAGGCGCUCUCCAUCGCGCUCUACCUAAACGACCGCUACAGUCUGGAUGGCCAGGACCCCAAUGGCUUUGUCGGUUGUAUGUGGUCUAUUGGUGGCAUCCACGACCGAGCCUGGGGAGAGAGAAAGGUUUUCGGAAAGGUCCGCUACAUGAACUACAAAGGCUGCCAGCGGAAGUUUGACGUAGCUCAGUUUGAGAAAAAGUACUGUCCCAAAAACCUUUGAAGCCUAACCCUUUUUUGAGGAUAUAGAUAAAAUACCUGACAUACAUAUCCUGCACCAUUAGCCUCAGGGAAUGUCCGUACAGCAUUUCUUGUAGAAUAUAUUUUGACUAUAUUUGUCAAACUGUUUAUCCUUUUAAAUUCUGAUCUGAUGUUCCUACCUGGCUAGUGUUAUAUGCCAUUACAUUUUAUGUAUGCUACUUUUAUUUUUGUCUGUAUGUUUUAAUAAAAAUAUUAUUUCAUUGGAAAGGCC